GGAUUACGCAGCAUACAUUCUACUGAUUACCCUUGCGCUGUGUCAUACCCCUCGGCUACUAGAAGCACACUUCGUCCAACAAGCGUCGAUGUAUACCCAGCCAGAGCCACCAGGACUACCUGUUCUGCUAGAUGAGGUAGACAAUAAGAUACCACGUGACCCCACUGAAGACAUUGGGGCGGUAGGAAUCAGCGGGCCACAAGGUUCCACAGGCCGUGAUGGCCGUGACGAUGCAGCUGGUCAACAGAGUACGCUUGGUUUACGUGGAGGACGUGGCUUACCGGUCCCUAAUAGACUACCUGGCCCUCCUCGGCAGAAAGAAUUUAUGGAUAGGCCUGGACCAAAAGAAACUCCUGAAGCUUCCGUACGACAAAUGCCAUAUAACAUUCAGGCGGAGGAGGAAUUCGAUAACUAUGAUUAUGAGUGAAACGUCUGCAGAAAAUAUGAAAAAAGCUCUACAAAAGGCAUCACAUGUUUGUAUUAGAAUAUGUAUUAAAAGAAUAAAUAAUUUAAUGGUUAUUGAA